AUGUUGUACGAAAUUAUUUCUGGACUUAAUAAGAUACAUGAAGAAAAACUUAUUCAUUGUGAUAUUCAUGAUGGAUUAUGUCAACCUGUAAAAUCGUUUUUGAAAAAGUAUGAUAUUUAUGGUGUUAUAUCAUUUAUGGCACCUGAAAUUUUAAGAGGUAGAUCUUAUACUCCAGCUAGUGAUAUAUAUAGUUUUUCUAUGAUUAUGUGGGAGUUUACAUCUGGAAUACCACCAUUUAAUAAUAGAGCACAUGAUCUUCAACUUACUUUAAGUAUUUGUAAAGGUGAACGUCCUGAAAUUAUUGAAAAUACUCCACAAUGUUAUGUAGAUUUAAUGAAAAAAUGUUGGAAUGAAGAUCCAUUAAAAAGACCAUCUUCUGAAGAAGUAUUAAAAAUUAUUAAAAAAUGGAUUUUCCAUCCUGAUGAUGAUGAAAUUAAUGAAAAAUUAAAAAGCAACAUUAUGGAAUUUAUAAAUGCACCAAUUGGGAGUAACAAACUUGCUACUAAAUCUCAUCCUGAAGCAUGUUUUACAAGUCGCUUACUUGAUUUUACUAGUAAAAAAUUGAAUGAAAUUCUUGAAAAUGAGAAUACUAGUAAAAAGUUGAAUGAAAUUCCUGAAAGUGAAGAUUCACGAGCUAGUGUAAAAGCAAAUGAAGUGCUAGUAAGUGAAGAUUUAAAUGAUUAUAUAAUUAAGGGACUGGGUCAUUAGAAUUAAUCUUAUAUUAAAGCAGAUGAAAA